UGUUUGAGAUAACUUUACCUUACGGCUCGCUGCUGCUGUCGUGACCAAUAAUAACGGAACCGCCACCGACGACUGUAACCCCGAAAAAAGCCGAGAUUUCGGUUUCGCCGGGGUGAGCGGGACGAGGAAUGGAAGGAGUGGGGUCUCGACUGGGCCGUGCCUCUUCUCGGUACGGCCCAUCAGCGACGGCCACUGUGUUUAACGGCCCUGUGAGGAAGUGGAGGAAGAAGUGGGUCCAUGUGUCCCCGUCUUCCACCGUUAGUCACCAUAACUCCCACUCCCAGUCCAACGGCCAUACCAACAACAACUCUCGUCUCCUCCUUUGUCGGUGGACUCCUCUUUCCCCCUCCCCCGCCACCGCCGCCGAUACGUCCUCCUCCGAGGAGCCUCCCAAACGCAAAUUCCGAUACACUCCGAUUGCGGUGCUAGAAGAAAGGAUGAAGACAGCCAAAAUGGUUGAUCAUGAAGCUAAGGUAGGGAGCAUCAACCAGUUCACAACACUGCAAACCGCCAAGAGCGAUGAGCUAAAUAGUGACACUUCUUUGAAGACAGAAACCCAGGAUUCGAACGCAAGUAAUCUGGAUUUGGGGUUGUGCUUGAAAGGCCACAAUGGUGAAGAUAAUAACCAUGGCCAGAGCAAAGAGGGUCAAAUGAAGAAAGCAAGCUCUGGUGGAUUCUGGAAAACUGGUUGAUACCCAGCAGACCCUUGAAACAGAAGAAGCUCGUUAGUUAUGCACUAAGUAUGAAGUAUGAAUUAAUGAUGAUUAUGGCAAUUUGACAGAAUCUAUGUUGUAGGAGGAGCAAUAUUGCUUCAUCUUGUAAUUAAUUGUAAGGUAAGGCAAGGCAGCAGUUAUUAGAUGAAUGUUUUAUAUCAAUUAAGGCAUUUGUACGUAAUGAAAAACCAUCUCAUCCUAAACUUAUAUUACUGUGUAUGCAUAUCGUUUAGCUUCGCUGUUGCCAAGUUUACAGUAAUCAAUGCAUUAUGAAGGAAUAAAAUUCAGUAACUCCAUUUGCUUCA